GACGGUGAGUGACCGCGGGGCGUGGGGGUCGGGAGGGUCCGUGAGGGGAGGAACUGGGCCGGGGGGGCGGCGGCAGCUCUGCGCUUCCCCUGGGUCUCGGUGUGGGGUGUAUGAGCGCCCUGGGGGUGGUGCUGCCGUGGAGACCGUCAGAAGGGAGGGAAGAGAUGGCGGAGCCCCUGAGACGUGAGCAGCUUUUGCAUUGAGAAGCGCCAAGAGAUGAAGCUCCUGGUUCUCGCCGUGUUUGCCCUGUUUUCCGUGGCCCGCUGUGAGGAAGGCGCCAGGCUCCUGGCCUCCAAAUCUCUAUUAAACCGCUAUGCAGUGGAGGGCAAGGACUUGACUUUACAGUACAACAUAUACAACGUUGGCUCCAGUGCCGCUUUAGACGUGGAGCUGUCGGAUGAUUCUUUCCCUCCAGAAGAUUUUGGCAUUGUCUCCGGGAUGCUCAACGUCAAGUGGGACAGGAUCGCUCCAGCAAGUAACGUCUCCCACACCGUGGUUCUGCGGCCUCUCAAAGCUGGUUACUUCAACUUCACCUCUGCCACCAUCACAUACCUGGCACAGGAGGGUGGGCAAGUUGUGGUUGGUUUCACUAGUGCUCCUGGGCAGGGAGGAAUCUUGGCUCAGCGGGAGUUCGACAGGAGGUUCUCCCCACAUUUUCUGGACUGGGCGGCUUUCGGCGUGAUGACCCUGCCCUCCAUCGGCAUCCCGCUGCUGCUGUGGUACUCGAGCAAGAGAAAAUAUGACACCCCCAAGACCAAAAAGAACUGAGCGCAGUCAAACGCCACCAGCACCCCGAAGCUCAGGAGAGAACAAACACGAACCCACCCAAACCGCGAGGUGUGUUGGGGUCAGCGACCGUCACCCCUGUGGAGUGGGCAAGAGGGAAUUGGUCACUUCCCCGGCAGUGACGUGUUGUCUCCUACGUCUUCAAAAAGAAACAAGCGAAAAAAAGCCAACCCCAAACCCCGUUUUCAGUGUAUUUGGUGCAGAGACCCUUCCCUCCGUUGCAGAUGUGGUGCUGUGGGGUUGUAAAUGCGUGAACUCCCCCACAGGAUCUUUGUUGGGGUGCAGCUCUGCGGCAUUUCUGGCAUCUCUGCUGUCUUGGGACUUGAUUUGGCCAAAUGGCUCUUUGCUUGCUCCAAUCUUCUCAAAAUGUUAAAUCCCAGGGCCCUUCUUCUUCUCCCUGAAACAUCUGGGGGGAGAGUGAGCUCUGUGUGGUGACCAAACCAGAGUCAGGUUGGAGCUGCUGCGUUGACGAGGCAGAUAGGAGAUCCCAUCAAUGUCGGUUCUCUAGGCAGCCUUGUUAGAGCUGCUGCGUUGACGAGGCAGAUAGGAGAUCCCAUCAAUGUUGGUUCUCUAGGCAGCCUUGUUAGAGCUGCUGCGUUGACGAGGCAGAUAGGAGAUCCCAUCAAUGUCGAUUCUCUAGGCAGCUCCGUUGUAUUUUGCUGAACGGCUAAUUGCUGUGUUUGUUUUUUUUUCUGGUUGCUGUUAAGGGGUGUUGAGGUACUGAGGAUUUUGUAAUAAAAUGAAUUCGAUGAA